GCCCCGCCGCAGCCGCCGGGCACCGGGCAGGCGGAGGCGGCGCGCAUGGAGGCGGCGGCGGCCCCGGCCCCGGGCGGCGGCCCCGGUACCCUGCUGCUCUGCCUGGCCUUCGCCUCCGGCUUGGCGUUUUUCAGUUGCGUGGGCGCCGAUGCCAAUGUCACCGCUGGCCACGACACGGAGGGGCCCUGCGGCGCGGCCGAGAGCUGCAUGGGGAACGUGACGCAGCUGAGGCGACAGGGCCACUUCUCCAGGUGCCCGGAGGAGUACAAGCACUACUGCGUCAAAGGGAGAUGCCGCUUCCUCGUGGCCGAGAAGGCGCCGGCUUGCGUGUGCGAGCGAGGCUACACGGGGGCUCGCUGCGAGAGGGUGGACAUCUUCUACCUGCGAGGUGACCGGGGCCAGAUCGUGAUCAUCUCCUUGAUCGCCGCCAUCGUCACCCUCAUCGUCCUCGUCGUCUGCGCCUGCCUCUGCAGUCACCACUGUCGGAAGCAGCGUAGGAAGAGAAAGGCAGAGGAGAUGGAGACGUUAAACAAGAAUUUGCCUUCCAAAAGCGAGGACGUGCUGGAGACGGGCAUCGCGUGAAGGAGCUCCAGGUACCUGCAGGCAGGUCCCGGACGGCGGCACCGGCUGGCUCGAUGGGCGAGGGCUAAAAUUUACAGCGGCUUGAAUAAAGGGGUGAC